AUGUACUUGUUUCUCGAGGACAGGGUGCGGGACCGGUCUGGUAAGCGUCGUAUGGGUGAGUGCUGUGAGUGCAAGAGCGACGCCGCGUAUUGUCGAUCAUCGAGGUCGAUGCUUAAUUGCGGUCUCGGCGUCGUCGAGCAUUCGGCGGAUAGUUUCUUGAUCUUCGUUAAGCGAUUUAUCUUGGGUCAGAAAAAAAAGCGAUAA